UUGAGCUGGACCGCCUCUCUCCUCCCAUUUUAAUUCCUUUUCUUUGAUAUUAAGAGAGCAUCACAUCGCAAAAGCAGAAACCUGCUUGUUUUCAGCUUUAAAUACUCCCCACUUAGUGCCAAACUUUGCGUCAUCUUUUUUGGGAGCGAUUUAAACGAUCGUGAGAAUGCCGCCUGUUAACCAUGUCGCUCUCACCUCAGCCGGCAUUAUCGUCGUCUCGGUAGCUGUUGCUGCUGCUAUUGCCGUUUACGAGUCUCCCGAGGUCCGCCGCAUGGCCGACGACCUCCGCAGACGCAUCGCGAUCGCACUCCAUUCUCUCGGCGACAAUGUCGAUCCCAAUAGGCAAGACCCAAUGUUCAACCGCCCCGAAGAUGCCGAGGGCUUCCUACAAUCAGGCGCCGAAUCCGGUGUGGAUGCCGACGAGGAGACGCGGAGGAGGCAACGUGAGGAGCUGAUGUAUUGGAAUGCUCAGCGUGAGGAGAUGAAGGAAAAGGUUCGCAGAGAACGGCCUUCUCCGUCCCAUCGCGGCUCCACCUUUGAUGACUUUUUGACUGAGGAUAAGACCGCGCCUGAACGGGGAACUCUCGUAUUCAACACGGGCGCAGAUAUCCGGGGCCCUGAGGAUGGCCUUGUCAGACGCCGAGGCAUUGAGGGCUUGCAGGGCUUGCGUGGACUCAACGCCUCCGUUAUUGCCAACCCUUUCAGUGACGAACACGGCAUUGAUUUCGACGACCAUCCCGGCAUGGAGCUCGAUGAGCAGGAGCUUAUGCUCGCUCCGGGCCGCGAAGAAAUCAUGUCGGAUAUUUACGAGGCCACACCGCGGGACCCGCGAUCUCCAGUUUCUCGUACCGUCUCCCCGCAAUCGAAGCCUGUUGUCCCCGAGGUUCUUUUCGACUUUGACUCGGACUCUCAGCCCCGAACGCAGUCGGCUACUGUAGAGCAAGAUCAGUUCACGACCCCACCUCGGAGCGUUACUCUCGACCGCGAGCUCGCCGAUGACGAGUUCAUGACCGCUGGCCAAGAUGACCGCCAAGAAGCUUACUCAUCAAUUCAAGCAUGGGCACAGGGCUCGCACCCCGGCUUUUACUCUCCGCUACCCGUCUCUCCUCAAGCUCCGCUUUCCGAGGCGGAGUAUGUCAGCCAUGGGGAUUUAACCCCUACUGACUCCGUGUCGUUGGCUGGGUCUGGCGAAGACAUUGGAAAUUACGCUGCCUCCUCCAAGGGCGGCGAUUAUGAUGUGUUGAGCGACGAUGAAGACGGCAUAGCUACUCCUAACAGCUGGUCCGAGGUGGGGAGCGUGGUGAGCUCCAACGAUGACGACGGAGCGGUGCAUGCGUAGACUUACUUUGUGUGUUUUUAUACCCCUAUUCUCUUCCCUCCUCCUUUCCUUUGGCAUCUAUCCAGGGCAUGGUGUUAUGGUUGGCAAGGAUGGAUUUGCCAUUUUGGGGAUUUUGGUUGGAUCUCGGGACAGAACGAUGGUUAGCACUGGUGGGCUCUUACUUGAUAUACAUGUGCUAUUGUUUAGGCCCCGUUCUGAAUGACAGGGCUUGUAGUAGUCAUAUAGUUAUUGCUGCAGAGGACAGAGCAUCCCUUCUCAUGGAUUACUCAAUAAAUCAUUUAUCAUCGAUCGGCUGUUUUCCUAUGAUGACGUCUGAUCAUCCGUAGGUGCCUCAUCCGCUACUUUCUUGACGUAGUCUUCCCACAACUGCUCAA